AUGGCGGCGGGCGGCAGCGGCGGCGGCGGCACCGGGCCGGGCGCGGAGCGCGGCGGAGGCCCCGGGGCCCGCAGGGGCAGCGCGGGCCGGGACGCGGAGGCCGAGGUUUGGUGCCGGCGGGUGCGGGAGCUGGUGAGCGCGGUUCCCGCCAACCGGCUCUGCUUCGAAUGCGGCCAGCGCGGCGUCACCUACGUGGACAUCAGCGUGGGCAGCCUCGUGUGCACCGGCUGCUCGGGGGCGCUGCGGGGACUGAACCCCCCCCACCGCGUCAAGUCCAUCUCCAUGACAACAUUCACUGAGGCUGAGGUGCUGUUCCUGCAGGCGCGUGGGAAUGAGGCCUGCAGGCGGGUCUGGCUCGGCACCUUCAACCCCCGGACUUCGCUGCUCCCCGACUCCCAUGACCCCCAGAAGGUGAAGGAGUUCCUGCAGGAGAAAUACGAGAAGAAACGAUGGUACGUGGCACCAGAGCAAGCGAAACCCUCCCAAAGCACCACAGCGGAGCCCAGGCCCCCUCAGCUCCUCCAUACGGACACAGGGACACUGCCACAGCCCCACGCAGCCACCCACCAUCCUCCUCAGCCGUCCCGAAAGGCCAGCACCGACCUCCUGGCUGACAUUGGGGGGGACCCCUUCGCCGGCCCUGCCCCAGGACCUGCCUUUGCUGCUUUCCCUGGCCCAGCCCCACCCCAGUCUGCCUUCCCCAGUUUCAAUGCCUUUGGAACCAGCCCUGGAGCACCGACAUUUGGGGGAGCUGUGCCCCCCUUCCACAUCCCACCCACCACCACAGGAGGUGUGGCUGCACAGGGCGUGGCCACCCUUGUUCUGCCCACAGUGGGAGGAGCUUCUGUCAGCCUCUUCAGGACCCUCCGUGACCCCCCAGUGCUGCCCCAUGGGGGCUAUACCAACCCUUUCACGGCCCCCGUGGCCCCCAGACCCUCCACCAACCCGUUCCAGAGCAACGGCCCCGGUGCCACAUUCAUCUCCCCCCCUGUUCCAGGGAGGUUCCCCAGCCCCUUCCAGACUGACGGGUUGCCUUCCGGCGGGUUCACCGUUGCCAAAGCUUCCACCAACCCCUUCGUGACGGCCCCGGCCCCGGCGGCGCCGUUCGGCAUCAGGCACCCGACCACCAACCCCUUCCUAUGACCGCAGCUGCUCGUGGGGGACCCGGCCCGGCCCUCACAGCACCCUCGGCUUGUCGGGGGCCCUGGCAGUGCACCGCCCCUCCUCCUCCGCCGGGACCAGGUUUUAUUUUUGUUCCGAGAGAUUUAUCGUGAUAUUUAAUAUAUAUUCGAUAGAAGCGGCUUCGAUCUGAGGUGCCCCCUCCCUCAGCUCCCCUCCGGUUUCCCGGGCCCUGG